AUGUCUUCUUCUGCAAUGGAAAAACAUCUAUUUAAUUUAAAAUUUGCGGUCAAAGAGCUAGAAAGAAAUUCUAAAAAAUGUGAAAAAGAGGAGAAAAUGGAGAAGGAGAAAGCAAAGAAGGCAAUACAAAAAGGUAACAUGGAAGGAGCUCGGAUACACGCAGAGAAUGCGAUACGGCAGAAGAAUCAAGCACUGAAUUACCUUCGGAUGUCUGCUAGAGUAGAUGCAGUUUCGAGUAGAGUACAGACUGCACUCACUACAAGAAAGGUCACACACUCGAUGGCGGGCGUCGUUAAAGCAAUGGACGCGGCGAUGAAUUCGAUGAAUCUCGAAAAGAUUUCCACAUUGAUGGACAAAUUCGAAAGUCAAUUCGAAGAUCUAGAUGUUCAGUCGUCUUACAUGGAGAAUGCAAUGUCGCAAACGACAACUACCUCCGUGCCACAGGGCGAUGUGGAAAAGUUACUGCAGCAAGUCGCAGACGAGGCAGGAUUGGAACUGAAUAUGGAACUGCCCUCAGGCGUCCCAAGCACAUCAAUAGGUACAGCCACAGUGGUGUCACAAGAGCAAGACGAUCUGACCCAAAGACUGGCCAGGUUACGGCAGGCUGAAUAA